UCCAUCAACACAGUCAGCAUCAGUCAAGUAAGUCACCGAUAAGUCAUCUAGUCACCGAGAGUCACAUACUUUCCAGAAGUCACAAUCAGCUGGAGUCAUCUCAAGUCACCUGCAGUCAUCUGAGGUAUGAUGGGAGUCGUGUCUGGCUUUCUCGGUGUCAGCAACUAUGUCAAGGUCGCUGCCCUCGUUGUCAUGGUAGCACAGAUUUUAAACUGGAUCGCCUACUGUACCUCAUCAUGGUGGGUGGUGACCACACCAGCCGCCGGCGUCCUCUACACCCACUACGGCUUGUGGCGGGCGUGCAACUCGGGGUUCCUGCCCAAAUGUGCGGUACUUGACGGUACCGGAAGUGAUAACAUGGCCGCCGCCCAGACUUUUGCCAACUUUGGUUUCGUCUCGCUCAACCUGGGUUGUCUGCUGCUGGGGCUCUACGUCAUGCUGGACACGUGCAGGGGCAACAGGGAGGCGGGGCUAGGCACAGGUGUUACUUUACUUACUUCAGGAGUGGGCUGGCUAAUUGCCGUGUGUGUGUUUGCCGGCUCCAUCAACCAGUGUGUGUGUUUGCCGGCUCCAUCAACCAGAACUACGGCUCCAGCUCCUACGGCUUCUCGUUUGGCCUGGCCAUCGUGA